AUGUCUGUCAAAAGAAAGAUGAAGGGAUUGAAACAGUUGAUGAGCGAAAGCAGUAUCCAUGUAGCUUCCACCAUAACCAUGUGUGUGUUCAUGGCGUUUAUCGUGUUUGUUCUUGGUACAUUCAUCACCCACCGCUACAAGACGGUUAUAAUCCCAAAAGAUUUGUACUUCCCUCGUUUCACAGUGGUUACAAAGACUCAUUCUUCUUCGAUCUAUCUUUGUCAUGGAUCUUCAUCAUCUUCUACUCCUUCACCGGCUCGUGUUGUUGGAUUUACCGAUUCAACUGGUUUCGUGGAUCUUUGGCACUCGAUGAGUGAUGAAGAGCUAAUACAGAAAGCCAUGAGAGUCCCACAUGUUGCGGAACAUCCACAGAAAUUGGCCUUUAUGUUCUUGACAAGGGGAGGUUUGCCCUUGGGGCCAUUUUGGGAAAAGUUCUUUGAAGGGCAUGAAGGCCUUUUCUCAAUAUACUUGCAUACAUCUCCGGAUUUCGCCAAUGAACCUCCAAAUUCAUCAGUGUUUUAUAAAAGAAAAAUACCAAGCCAGCAUGUUCAGUGGGGAAAACCAACCAUGAUUGAUGCCGAGAAAAGACUUUUAGCAAAUGCACUACUUGACUUCUCCAAUCAAAGGUUCAUACUGCUGUCAGAAACAUGUAUUCCUCUAUUCAAUUUCACGACGAUCUACAGUUACCUUACAAAUGCCAACAAAAGUUUUCUUAGUUCAUUUGAUGAUCCAAGAAAAAUCGGUCGUGGGAGAUACAACAAGCAAAUGGGUCCCACAAUAACAUUGCAAGAUUGGCGUAAAGGCUCCCAAUGGUUCGAAGCUGAUAGAGAGCUAGCAGUUGAAAUAAUUUCAGAUAGAAAGUAUUAUCAUGUGUUUCAAAACCAUUGCUUGCCACCUUGUUACAUGGACGAACAUUACUUACCGACACUCAUAAACAAGGUUCGUCCUGAUUUGAUCACAAAUACGACAGUAACAUGGACUGAUUGGUCGGGUGGCAAGUCCCAUCCUACAACGUUUAUGAGAAAAGACAUUACAAUCGAGUUUCUGAAUCGAAUCAGAUAUGAAACCAAUUGUACUUAUAACGGUGCUAGUAGCUCGAUUUGCUUCUUAUUUGCUAGGAAGUUUCAUCCAAACACUUUAGAGCCGUUACUGAAGAAUGCUCCAAGCUUGUUCGGGUUCAGCCCAUAG